AUGAUCAAGUCUAAGGGCUUUUGCUCAAGCAAAAGUCCUUUGUGGAUUGCAGCUUUCUUUUUCAAACAACUCAAGAAAGCUCAAAUUUUUUAUGCUGACAUUUCUUCUUUUGUGGACAGGAUUUUGAAUCAUGAAAUGGAUGCCGUUUCUUACAGAGUACUUGCAUAUCUCCUUCUUGGUGUUGUUAAAAUAUACUCAAAAAAGGUUGAGUAUAUGCUCCAUGAUUGCAAUAAAGUACUCUCUGGAGUCAACAAGUUUUUGAUCAGUACAACAAGGAAUAACACACCUGCCAAAACCGUGGGUAUAUCUUUUACUAUACCGGAAAAAUUUGAUUUGGAUGCUAUCGAGCUUGGUGUACUUGAAGAUACUUCCAAAUACCAUAUUGCUCCCCCAGAACAAAUUACUCUUAAAGAGGUUUUGCCUGAUACUUGGGGAUUCACAAAGUUUUCUCAUGAGACGUUUGAUGAUUUUGGUUGUGGCGAAGCUAGCAGCUCUCUUGGGCAUCUUAUGGAGGAAAAUGUUCUUCAAUCUCAAUUUACGAACAUUGACUUUGAAGUUUUUCCAUCGAGCAGUUCAACUAAUGUACUGGCAAGCAAGGAUGUAUUGCAAAGCAACGUUAUCUCUCAAAAAUUUAAGCCAUAUGAAGAUGAGUUACGUGAAAAGAGUAGAAUCUCUCAAGAGCAAUCAAUCGAUUUCAGUAUUCUUUUGGGAAGACAAAAUAAGAAAGCUGACGAGCUUAAUACUUUAAAGGAAACACUAAGACUGUUAUGCGAAAUACCUGAAGAAAUUGCUGACGUUGGUGAAGCAAUAACCUUUCAAGAAAGUACAGAAAGGUCUCAAAUGCAUGAAGAAAUUGCUGACGUUGGUGAAGCAAUAACCUUUCAAGAAAGUACAGAAAGGUCUCAAAUGCAUGAAGAAAUUGUUAAUGUUGGUGAAGCAAUAACCUUUCAAGAAAGUACAGAAAGGUCUCGGGAUGAUGAAUCCUAUCCAAAAGAAAAUUUUCAUCAUGACGAGUCUUUUCUUGUCAAAGAGAGUGUCGGAGAACUCAUUGAAGGGUCUAUUAAAGUGCAUUGCGUUGAAGAAAAUUUAGCAUGUCCAAAAAAGGUUUCAUUUGGAGAUGCAAAAUCUAGUGUGAAUCCUUCUGUGUCGACAAUUAUUGAAGCUACUCCUCAGUCAAAGUUUCAAGGUGCUACAACAUCAGAACCUAUGCUAAUUACUACACCUGAUGCAACAGAAUGUGGCCGAUUAUCAAAGAAAAGAAAAGUUGUUUUUGAUGAAAGGAUAGUCUUACCAAACAAGGAACUUAAAAAGCGCAUCCAUGAUGCAAGCGGCUUAGUCGCUGUCCGAAGACCAGUACUUCUCUCUUUGCUUGAUAAAGAAAGGAAAUCUCAAAUUUCCAGUCUUCCAGAUAGAUUUAACGAAUCCUUGUUUCCUUGUCAUUCCAAAAAGCUCCAGUCUCUAUUGUCGAUUAAGAAAAUUAAAAUACCAGACUCUCUGAAAGUUGUGGAAACGCCACGGAGUUUAGAUGUGCCUGGAUCCCAAGUUGUAGGCAUUCUGGAGCAUAUAAAAAAUGCACCACAAAUCCCUCCACAGUGCUCAUAUUCGGUUGGAAAUGAGGAAACUGUUAGAAAGUUAGAUGUGUCUGUUUAUCAAACUUCUGGUAGUCCAGACAAUAUAGCAGCUGCUCCAAAAACUACUCCUCUUCUGUGCCAAGAUGCAAAUGUUCGGUCAGUUAAGCCUCUAGCGCAAACUGAAGUUCAGAACUCAGAUGACUUUAUGCCUUCAAGUCCCAAUGAGAUGGAGCAAUCUAUAGAAAAGAGUGACACUAUGGCAGAAGAGAAAAACCAUGCCGAGACUUCAAAUUCAUAUGAAACAUUGGAGAAGGAGCAAAGCUUCACAACGGAUGAAGAUCUUGAUCUGAUCAAUGAGGAGAUAAGUUCAUCUGAAACUGAGAAUUCCAAAAUGUCUGGGUGGUCUGAGAGAACAAGGAAGGUUGCAUCUUACUUGCACAAGAAUUUUCAACAUCUAGAGAAACAUAAAGAGGCUGACUCUGUGAACUUGUCACAAGUUUCACAAGGACGAACCCGGAAAGAAUCGGCCAGGCUAUUCUAUGAAGUACUGGUUCUGAGAACUACAAAUUAUGUGGAUGUGCAGCAAAAGGAUGCUUAUGGUGAUAUUGCGGUCAGGAAACUCCCCAAAUUUGAUAAGCUUUUGGAGUUGAUGGCCAUUUUUAACUGA